CCCAAAUGCACCCAAUCUCCACUGUCAAGGCUUUGAAGCUUAUCUUUCUGGGUUUCGUUCAAAUUGAAGGAAGAGUAGAAGAUUUCUCGAAUCUCGAAUCGAAGGAAGAGGGGAAAUUGAAGAAGAUUUUUCUGGGCAUCUUGCAAAAAAGAAGAAGUCAAAGGGCCAUCUGCCUCUUCAGGUUCAUUGGAGUGAUCAUCUAAGGGUUCGUAUAUCAUUGUGAAUCACACUCAAUAAUCCAAUUUGCACUUGGAUUUUGGGGAAGCAAGCACAUGGGAAACACGGGAAACAAACCGGCGAAGCAAGAGCCCGAAGAAAUUUUCUUGAAGAUUGUUCCUCCAUUAGACCAUGCCUAUGUCAGGUGGCUUACUCGGGAUCUCGAGAGGACUCAUGGCUUCACUCCAGCAAAGUCGCGUGCAGUGAGGCCUCCGGAUCAUUACAUAGAGUACAUGCAAUUGAAUGGAUGGUUGGAUGUGAACUUGGAUGAUCCUGACAUAGCACACUUGCUCAAAAAGUAGAUAAUAUGAUUAUGUUGAUUGCUGUUCUUUGAAUGUGGAAAAUAUAUUAUGAAUUGUCGAUAGAAUCUUAUAAGAUAACACUCCUUACACUAAUUUAUGUUUCUAAAAGAAGACUUGGCAAGUCUUGAUUAUCGAAAAGUCUUGUUUAUUAA